GAGAGAGAGAGAUUGCAAUAUAUUAAGCCUUCCAUUCUUAGUGAAGUGAAGAGCAUAGGAGAGAGAUGAAUGGAGAUAUCCAUGAGGAGUUUGAGCUGAAUGAGGUGGUAGACAACCUACAUGGGUCUGUGGGGAGCAGGCUGGCUUUGGUCUCCAAAGAGUUUGGGUUUGAAUUAAGGGGCAGGUGGGAUAGCAGCAGCGCUUUAAAAAUCCCAAAAGAUUGCUAUAGAAGCUUUGUCAUACAUCCCAAUGGAAGGUUUUAUAGGCUUUGGGUGAACAACAUAUUUCUGUGGUCCAUCUACUCGGCCUUCUUCACACCAUUGGAGUUUGGGUUCUUUCGAGGCUUGCCGGAGCAGUUGCAGGACCUCGACUGCGUGCAAUUAGUCUUCCUUGUCGAUGUGGUUCUGCAAUUCUUUGUGGCUUAUAGAGACCUCCACACCUACAAGAUGGUCUGCAAUAGAAGAAGCAUUGCCUUGCUCUAUGUGAAGGGCAGUUUUGCUGUUGAUAUUCUUGGAUGUUUUCCUUGGGAUGCCAUCUACAAGGCCACUGGAAGAAGGGAAGCAAUUCGAUAUCUAAUUUGGAUACGCCUGUUCCGGGCAAAGAAGAUCCUCCAAUUCUUCAAGGAGAUGGAGAAGGACAUUCGCAUCAACUACCUUUUUACAAGGAUUGUGAAGCUUAUCACAGUGGAAUUAUACUGCACACACACAGCUGCAUGCAUUUUCUACUACCUUGCAACAACAUUGCCGCCAGCGCAAGAAGGAUAUACAUGGAUCGGAAGCCUAUCACUGGGGGACUACAAAUACAUUCACUUCAGGGAGAUUGAGUUUUGGAGAAGAUAUAUUACAUCGUUGUACUUCGCAAUCGUGACCAUGGCAACUGUUGGUUAUGGUGAUAUACAUGCCGUGAAUACUAGAGAAAUGAUUUUUAUCAUGAUCUACAUCUCUUUCGAUAUGAUACUCGGGGCUUAUUUGAUUGGGAACAUGACUGCAUUAAUCGUUAAGGGGUCUAAGACCGAGAGAUUCCGAGACAAGAUGACAGAUCUUAUCAAAUACAUGAAUAGAAAUAAGCUUGGCAGAGAUAUCAGGUCCCAAAUCAAGGCCCAUCUACGACUCCAAUAUGAAAGCAGCUAUACUAAAGCUACAAUUCUUGAAGACAUUCCGGUUGCUGUUCGAUCCAAGAUAUCUCAAACCUUAUACUUUGACAUGGUUCAGCAAGUCCUACUUUUCAAAUGCUGUUCAGAUGAAUUCCUGAACCAGAUUGUAAUGAAGCUAAAUGAAGAGUUCUUCCUCCCAGGAGAAGUAAUACUAGAACAAGGGAGUGCAGUGGACCAACUCUACAUUGUAUCCCAUGGGUAUCUGGAGGAGGUGGUUAUUGGAAUAGAUGGCUCAGAGGGAUCUGUCGCAGGACUUGUUCCUUACAAUGUGUUUGGCGAUGUUGCAGUCUUGUGCAACAUUCCACAACCAUAUACUGUUCGUGCUUGUGAACUGUGCAAACUAUUACGAAUUGAGAAACAAUCUCUAACAAGCAUUUUACAACUUUACUUCAAGGAUAGCCGUCAAAUACUCAACAAUCUACUAGAGGGAAAAGAGACUGAUCUAAGAAUCAAGCAGUUGGAGUCUGAUAUCACAUAUCUUAUUGCAAAACAAGAAGCUGAGCUUGCAUUGGGGGUAAAUAAUGCUGCUUAUCAUGGAGAUCUCCAUCAUCUCAAAGGUUUGAUAAAUGCUGGAGCAGAUCCAAGCAAAACUGAUUACGAUGGAAGGACUGCACUGCAUAUGGCUUCAUGCAAAGGAUAUGAAGAGAUAGUGAAAUUUCUUAUACAACGAGGCGCAAAUGUCAAUUGUAUAGAUAAGUUCGGAAAUUCUCCACUGUUGGAGGCUGUAAAGGCUGGGCAUGAUAGGAUUGCUGCUAUUCUUGUGGAAAAUGGAGCAAUUUUGAAUUUGGAAGAUGCUGGAAGUUAUCUCUGCAAAGUGGUGACAGAUAGCAAAAUUGACAUUUUGCGACGGUUAUUAGAAUAUGGAGUUGAUCCAAACUCCAAAAACUAUUGCCAGAGAACACCACUUCACAUUGCAGCUUCAGAAGGCUUGCACCUUGUGGCCAAGUUAUUGAUAGACUCUGGAGCAGAUGUACUUUUUGAAGAUAGGUGGGGAAACACUCCCCUUGAUGAAGGCCAAAGAUGCGGAAGCAAACCACUAGUUAAGAUUUUGAAGCAAGCUAAAGCGAAUUGCACGAGCGACCAGCGGUCGCUCUGAAAAAUAAUGGUGUCUUCCCCGAAGGCAAUUGUUAAAUAUUUGUCCAUUUGUUCUUAACAUUCAUACCCAUACAACACAAUAUCUAUCACUAUUGGAUUCUAUUGUUGAAGGCUUUCUCCAAUAUCCCUACUUUCCUAAAAAAGCAUAUAUAUAAGCAAGUUUUCUCUUGGUCACUGUCAACAUUAAUAUUGUAAGUUCUUGACAAUUUUCAGGAAUACUAAAUACCUUUUAUUGAA